GGCAGGCAGAGGCCACCUCUGUUUUUAUAGCCUGGCCUGUGACGUGGGAGAGCCAUUUCGCCGGGAACUUCCUGUUAGCCGGUGACGUGGGUCGGGAUUCUCCGGGGGCCGCACAGGGGCGUUCCUGCGUCCGCGCGGAAUGAGGCCGAACCGUGGCCAGAAGCCCCGGGGAUCCGAGAACCUCCUCUGAAGCCCCGAAGAGGAAGGAGGCCUUCCUGCCCGAGGGGUGAAGAAAACGUGUGGGGAUGGAGAGCAGCUGGAAAGGCAUCCCGGCCACACUGGUUGUCCUGGCCGGGCUGGCAGCUUCUGGAUCCAGCUAUCAAAUCAUAGAAGGCCCCAAGAAUGCAACGGUGCUGGAGGGCUCGGAGGCUCGCUUCAACUGCACCGUCUCGCCGGGCUGGAGGCUCAUCAUGUGGGCUCUGAAUGACAUGGUGGUGCUGAGCGUCACGCCCACAGAGCCCAUCAUCACCAACAACCGCUUUACCUCCGCCAGCUAUGAAGAGGGCAGCAACUCCAUCUCUGAGAUGAUAAUCCAUGACGUGCAGCUCGGGGACACCGGGCGCAUCAAAUGCAGCCUCCAGAACAGCGACCGGGAUGCCUCUGCCUUCCUUUCUGUCCAAGUUAUGGGGGAGUUGCUCAUUCCCAGAGGCAACCUUGUAGUCACUGAGGAUAAACCCUGUAAUGUGACUUGUCAUGCAUUGGGCUGGAUCCCUCUCCCGGAUAUUUCCUGGGAGAUCGGCGUUCCGGUGAGCCACUCAAGCUAUUAUUCUGGUCUGGAGCCCGACGACCUCCAAAGUGCAGUGAGCAUCCUGACUUUCACGCCACAGGGCAACGGGACUCUGACAUGCCUGGCUAACAUGAAGGGCCUGAAUGCCCACAAGUCUGUAACUGUGAAUCUUACUGUGGUUGAGCCUUCUUGGGGCAGCAUUGAUAAAGCAGGGACAGCCUUGCCUACCUGGGCCAUAGCUCUGCUUACAGUAUCCCUGUCAUUGCUUUUCAUCCUGAUAAUUGUUCUGAUUAUAAUAUUCUGCUGUUGCUGUGUCUCCUCAAGACAAGGGAAAAAAGAGUCUAGUUAUCAAAGUGAAAUAAGAAAAUCAGCAAGUGUGAAGACAAACAAAGAAAGUUUAGAGACAAAUGUGAAAAGUGGGAGUGAAAACAAUGCCUACAGCCCAGAUGAGCCCAGGAUGGCAAAGCUUGCUUCUCUCGCUCGAGAGUCCUCUGAAUCCAGUGUUCGGGAACAACAAGGAAAUAGACAACCUUAUCAGGACUGUGUCCCUACAGGGAGGGAAUUGGCUGCCUAUUUCCUUGGAAGUAGAGGCUGGCAGAUGCAAGAUUUUACUCUUUCUAUGUCACCAGUGGAGGAGAAGAGACACUGAGGAAUGGAGAGGCUUUGCCAGUUCACGUGGAAAACCAUCGUUCAUGUCAAGGACUCAAGUUCCAGGCUCUUGGCUCAUGACUCCAUCUAUCACGUCAUAUAGUGUUGGGCUACUACGAGUCAUAUAAUAGGGCCACACAGAUUCUAAAAGGAGGUAAAAGGAGGAGAAUGGGCACGAAGUAGGAAAGACCCUGGGAAGCUUGGAAGGAGUGAGUGAGGUGUAUGUGUAUGUAUGUGCAUGUGUGUCUUAUCACUGUUUCAAGCAACGAUUCCCAAAUUCAACUGCUUACCUGAACCACCUGGAAAGGUUUAAAGGCCAUCCACUUACCAUCCUUGUCCCUUGGGAUUCCAAGGUGUGGUCCAGGGAGCCUUUGCAACCUUUCCUCUGUUGGCUGGUCUUGUGGGGGCACCACUCUCCCAAGAAGAUGGAUGGCCUGGGAGCUGUGGUGCAGAGGCCCACUUGCUGGGGCAAGUUGGGAGGAGCACUCAGUGCCCAAGUGCCCGUGCAGCUGGCCCCCGAGCAGACAUGGAGCCAGGACUGUGAGGCGUGCACCCCCGGAGACAAGCUGUGUAACCCACGGGUGCUGAUUUCCCACGGCUGCCCAGUUGUCUCUCUGUGGCCACACUCACCUUUGCUCAUCUUUGAGACAGACCGCUCCCCGACUCCUUAGCAGGAGAUAACAGUGUUGUGGAAGGUGUCAUGUGGAAAUUAAUGGGGUUAAGUUGCAUGACACAUGGCAAAUACUGAUCAAAUUUGCCUGAAGAGCCUUCUCUGCUUCUCCUAGAAGUCUUCUCCAGAACUUGCUAUGGUAUCUGUAUUCGUUUGCUGGGGCUGCCCGACCUAGGUGACACAGGUCAGGUGGAUUAAAUGACAGAAGCUUAAUUUCUCAUGGUUCUGGAGGCUGGAAGCUGGAACAUCAAGGGUUGGUUUCUCCUGAGGCCUUUCCCUUUGGCCUGUAGAGGGCCAUCUUCUCCCUGGGUCUUCACAGCAUUUUCCUUCUGUAAGGAGUCUGUGUCCUAACCUACUUUUCUUAUACGGACGCCAGUCCUAUUGGAUUGGGAUCCACCCAUAUGACCUCAUUUUAGCGUAUGUACCUCUUUUAGGAACUCAUCUCUGUACAGUCACAUUCUGAGUCACUGGGAGUUAGAACCUCAAUAUAUGAAAUUUGGAGGGACACAAUUCUGCCAAUAAUGUUAUCUAUCUUCUAUAGCCUUUAUGAUGGCCUGAUUGGUUCACGCAGCAACGCCAUGGCCCAGCCUGGGCACCUGUGCCAGACCCCUCCCCAGGAACUCUAGCAACGGUGCAUUGCUCCUCGAACCUCCAGCUCCUGCUAAUCUAUGUGCAUCUUUGUCAUGAGAAAAUUCAUGUCUGCACCACAAACCAGGCCAGCAGAACACAGCCGAGUGCAUUGUCUCCUCUGCCUCAGCACAGCCUGCAAAACCUCAUGUGGGACUCUGUCCAGGUUGUAUCUGGGAGCGAUCACUCUCCACCUCCAAGCACCCUGUGCUCAGAAUCCCCACCCACGCAGGCUUUCACAGGGGAUGGUGGAAGGGUGGUUCUUCAUGCAGAGAAGCAAAUGCUGCCCCCUUCCUCUGGUCCGUUCUGCCUCGGCAAACCCAGCCUCCUCGGUCUCCCUCUCCUGCCCCUGGGAAGCCCCCAGGGCAUCCUGUCUAGGUCUCCCAUGUGUGAAACUGGGGACAGAGAAGGGACGGAGGGAGUGAGAGGACAAUUCCAGGGCGUGCCGGCCGGCAGAGCUUUGUGCGGGUGGGAUGAUCAAAUAUGUGUAGAUAUGUACAUUUCUGUGUCUCUGUACUGAAAUACAAAAUACCGCUUCUCCUCUGAAAUAGGAGUUAUUACAACGAACAGACCCAUCCUCCCAUGGAGGGGGAAGCUUUCUAUAGACACGUUCCCCUGGAAAGCAGCUGUAAAUUGCGAAGAUUGGUGCCCAGGAACUGGAGGAGUCUUGGGCUUCUUGCUGCCUUGUGUUCGUUCUUGCUCCCGUGCAUGCCGCGGAGACAAGGGCUCUGGGCCAGGGUGCCAGGACGGGCCUCCGAGGGCAGCCUGUAGUCGCUGGGACCCAUCUGGGGGUGUUUGGCCUUCCACUCGCCAUGGUGGACCUGACAAGGGAGUUGAAAGGAGAAGCCACCCCAACAACGGGCGGCGGUAGCCAGAGGAGGGAAGCACAGACAGCCGAACUUAGUGUCCAUUCAUCCCGUAGCUGCCUACGGAGUCUCCCCGUGUGGGGGAUGGGUGAGACCCCACCGGGCAGGCAUCUGAGUAACAACGACCCACUUUCUCACGCAUCUACCCACAGGAGCUAUUUGGUAGCUGUCACUUGGAUAUGCUGAUGUCCCCGUAGGUCCUUUGAGGAGUUCCUCAUCAUCGUUUAGAGUAUCCAUGACGGGAACUCACUGUUCUGCAGCCGAAGCUCCUGUUUGAACCUGAGGCUGAGCUGGCGCUGGCAAGUUGCAGCAGGGGUCCUGACCCGGCUCCGGCCAAGGAGAUGGACCGCGGCUCAGACCUCACGCUCUGCUUUGGCCACGAUGCUGGCUGUGAAAGUCAAGGCUUCACUUGGAUGCUGGGGAGACUCUUGGGGUCUCCUGAGCCCAGGGAGAAGGACAGAACCUCUUUGAGAGGCUGCGGGCUGCAGCAGUGAAACCAUUAGCAGGGCCCAGGGUCCCGACUAUGUCCUUCGCCCAUCGCUGGUGAGCUUGUGACAACACAGAUAGGGCUGGGGACCCUCUCUCUCAUUGCCGCGUGACUCUCCAUGUCCACGCUCCAGAGCUGACAUGCCCUCCCACCAAGGGAAGAAAUCCCAGGGUAAAGCAGCCUGGCAGAUUUGGGCGCAGGGUGGGGGGCAGCAGAAAACAUUUCCUCCAAAGGCUGAGGUUUGUGCCCAGAAGAACAGGGGAGGUUGCAGCUCUUGGAGGAGAGCAUGGGCUGUUGUUUCCAGAAUUGGCCUUUGAAAAACACACCUUCUUUCCACUGAUAUUGAAAACGUAUUUUCCAUGCGUCUAAGUCCUGGACUCUUGAGUUAAUAG